UGGUCAAGUCUUGUGCGGGUUUUAGUUUAGUGCACCAGAUUCAGAGUCCUGAGAGAUACGAUGGGGCUAACUGCUUGCUUUAAGUCAUUUCUGCUAUAGAAAGCAAAGCUGGUUUCUCACCUGUAAGGUGCCUUUUACCCUUGUUUCUUUAAGGAGAUGGAAGGCCCCCUUCAUCAUCAUAAUCUUGGCCAAUGCGCCUUUUUUACAGUAGCCAACUGUUUGAACUAUAACCAAUCCCCAGAACAAUUUGAUUCUUCAGGUUCUGUACCCUCAUUGCUCUUCUGCUAGUUGUUCUCAACGUGAUAGGGGUUCUGGAAAGUGUCUGAAUGAAACAGUUAUGGUACACCAGUUCAAAGAACAAUGCCUAUCAACACCAGUGUAGGUGAUGAUUGUGCAAAAAAGGUAAACUUUCAAGUCCUACGCACAGGUUAACAUGCUGUCAAAAAGACCAGCUAAAAAGCUGUGGUAGUCUCGACGAAAUUGAAAAAGCUUCAGACAGUAAAUGUUAAGAACAAGGCCAUUAUGGUCAUUUUGGCUGUAGUGGCACUAUGGCAGAAGCAAUUUUGUUGUUAUUUUUGGCCGGAUGUGGCAGCAGUUAUAGCUUUAUUAUUAUUAUUUUGCCGGGUACUUGACCAAUGAAAUAUAGCCGUUGUUUACGACCCAAUUUCAACCCUACCGUUACAUGGAGGAAGUGCAUGAUGGGGGAAAAUAACUAGCCGUUGCUGUUAACAAAGAUGAAGAUGCCUCCGGAGUCAAGACAUUGACCCCAUUCCUCACCUGACUCUGUGUCCAGUCUCAUCUAAAACCCUAGACAAUAUUCUUUAUCUCCACUCAGAUCCCCCAACUGCCUCAAUCAUUUUCCCCUUCUUAUUUAGCUUUUCCUUUCAUCAUUGUUCAUAGAUAGCUAAACUUCACCUUCUCUUCCUCCACUCUCUCUACUAAGAAGAAGAGAACAAAGAGUGAUCGAACCCCAUUUCUGUGCUCGUCUUCUUCGAAACAGAAACCCUUUUCAUGUUCUUUGAUGGAAAAUAAGUUCAUCCAUGCCUUACUCUUUGUUCAGCUACUGGUUCUCACUUGUAGACCUGUUUCGGGAGGAGGGGAUGGAGUAGUUGUCACCCGAGCCGAUUAUCUAACACUUCGAGCAUUCAAGCAAGAGCUUAUCGAUUUCAAAGGCUUGUUGCGCAGCUGGAAUGACAGUGGCUAUGGAGUUUGCUCAGGUGGGUGGGCAGGAAUCAAGUGUGUUAAGGGGCAGGUCAUUGCAAUCCAGCUUCCAUGGAGGAGACUUGGGGGACGAAUCUCCGAGAAGAUUGGGCAGCUUCAAGGGCUUCGAAAGCUUAGCGUGCAUGACAAUGUCUUAGGUGGCCCUGUCCCUGCGGCUCUGGGAUUCCUCCCCAAUCUAAGAGGGGUUUACCUCUUCAAUAACCGGCUUUCGGGUUCUGUCCCUGCUUCAAUCGGUAACUGUCCUCUUCUUCAAACUCUUGAUUUGAGCAACAAUGCACUUAAUGGUUCUAUUCCUAGUCUUGCAAACUCCACUAGGUUGCUUAGGCUUAAUUUGAGCUUCAAUUCGCUUUCUGGUUCAAUCCCAAGUAGUCUCACUAGGUCAAGUUCCCUAAUUUUCCUUGCUCUACAACACAACAACCUUUCUGGUUCUAUUCCAAGUACUUGGGGUGGAACAAACAGAACUUACCAGCUUAAGUUCUUGACCCUAGCCAAUAAUCUCAUCUCUGGAACUAUCCCAAGCUCUCUGAGCAAGUUGGGUUUUCUUGAAGAGAUUUCUCUGAGCAAUAACCAGAUUACAGGAACCAUACCCAAUGAAAUAGGGGAGCUCACAAGGCUCCAAAAGCUAGACCUAUCCAACAAUGCCAUCAAUGGAAGCAUUCCUGCUACCUUUUCCAAUCUGUCCUCCAUCGUGACAUUGAAUCUAGAAGGCAAUGGCCUUGAUAACCAAAUCCCAGAAGUCUUGGAAAGAAUGCAGAACCUCUCAGUACUUAAUCUGAGGAGUAAUAAAUUCAGUGGUCAUAUUCCAGCUUCUAUUGGGAAUAUCUCUGGGAUUAACCAAGUUGAUUUAUCCAAAAACAAUUUCACUGGAGAAAUUCCUGCUUCAUUUUCCAGCCUAGCCAAUCUCAGUUCCUUCAAUGUUUCUUACAACAAUCUGUCUGGCUUAGUCCCAUCUCUCCUAUCCAAAAAGUUCAAUUCCAGCUCUUUUGUGGGGAAUCUUCAGCUAUGUGGGUAUAGUGCUUCAACUCGAUGUUCUUCUCCGUCACCUCAGAAUAUUACACUUCCAACAAAAGAGCCUUUGAAGAAAAAGCAUCACCACAGACUGAGUACAAAGGACAUAAUUCUCAUAGCAGCAGGUGUCGUCCUAGCGGUUUUGCUUCUACUCUGCUGUUCUUUGCUUCUAUGUUUGUUCAGGAAAAGGUCUGUAUUGAAAGGAAAAAAUAGUAAAACCGCCAAGCAACCGGCCGCUGGGAGCAUUGACAAGGCAGAUCCUGCAGGCGCUGUGGUUUCAUCUGGAGGCGAAGCUGGUGGGAAGCUCGUUCACUUUGAUGGGCCUUUUGUGUUUACAGCUGAUGAUCUAUUGUGUGCCACUGCCGAGAUAAUGGGGAAAAGUACAUAUGGGACAGCAUACAAGGCAACAUUGGAGGAGGGUAAUCAGGUUGCAGUGAAGAGGUUGAGGGAAAAGACUACAAAGGGCCACAAGGAGUUCGAAACUGAAGCUGCAGCAAUUGGGAAGAUUCGGCACCCGAAUCUCCUUGCUCUUAGGGCCUAUUACUUGGGUCCCAAGGGAGAGAAGCUCCUUGUCUUUGAUUUCAUGCCUAAGGGUAGUCUUGCAUCAUUCCUUCAUGCUCGCGGACCAGAAAUGAUCAUUGAUUGGCCAACAAGGAUGAACAUAGCCAUUGGAGUCACAAGAGGACUAUGCCACCUCCACUACCAGGAGAACAUCAUACAUGGGAAUCUCACAUCCAGCAACAUACUACUUGAUGAGCAGACUAAUGCUCACAUUGCAGACUAUGGCCUUUCGAGCCUCAUGACCCCCGCUGCCAACACCAAUGUAAUUGCCACUGCAGGAACCCUCGGCUACAAUGCGCCAGAGCUCUCAAAGACCAAGAAGAGCACAGAAAAAACUGAUGUCUACAGCCUUGGGGUGAUCAUAUUGGAGCUCCUAACAGGAAAAUCACCCGGAGAGCCAAUGAAUGGCAUGGACUUGCCGCAGUGGGUGGCGUCGAUUGUUAAGGAGGAGUGGACUAAUGAAGUUUUUGAUUUGGAGCUUAUAAGGGAUGUUCCAAUCAUAGGUGAUCAGCUGCUUAACACACUGAAAUUGGCUCUGCAUUGUGUGGAUCCCUCACCGGCCGCAAGACCAGAGGCUCAGCAAGUUCUGCAGCAGCUAGAAGAGAUUAAGCCGCCUGAGGUAAAUGUUGGUUCUGCUGACGAAGGAACAGAAGUACCGGCAUCAGCAAUUGAGUAAAAGAAUGUUUCUUGUCAUCUAUUAAUUUGUUCAAAAGGAGUAGAGGGAUAUGUAGGCAUGAAAUUCUUUGGUUACUAGUAUACGUAUAUAUAGGUUAUUGUUUGAUUUUUUUUAUUGCUUGAUUCUUUUUAUUGAGGAUAAAAAUGUACUAUUUCAAGUUGUGGUUCUGUAACAAUCAGCAGAAUUCAUGUUCGAUAUGCAAUUGCAUAAAUUUAAUA